AUGCAAUCUCUGCUGUUGCUAAUCAUGAGCUAUGUUGCCAACAUACUAGUCUGCAAUAAAGCCUCAGCAGAAGUACUUUCUGAUCAAGCUGAAAGCCGCUGCUUUGUUGAUGCAGUCAUUGUUUUCUGCAAACUCCAGCAUCUUAGCCCAACCACACCUAUCAAAACUCAAGUUGAUUUAAUUGUUGCAACACAUGAUUUGCUUGCUGAAUAUGGGCUUUGCUGUUUGGGUGAAGGUGGCAAAGGUGAAGAAGAAACAUUUCUUAGAUUUGCAAUAAAGCAUCUUUUAGCCUUGGAUAUGAAGCUUAAAUCCAGCGUUAACCAUAAAGAAUCAAUGCCGUGUGAAGAAUUGUCCAGAAACAGUCUUGUCAAUGUGUCUGUCGAAGAAUCAAAAUCAGAUGCAUUAGGCAUCCAGAUGGAUUGGACCAAAAAGGUUGAUGAAAUUAAUUCGGUUAAAAAGGAUGUUUCUGAAGGAUUAAUAUCCAAAGAUAUUUCAUUGUGUAGGGUUCAUGAUAAAGACAACCACAAAGACAGCAAGGAAGUAGAAUGUGAAAAUCAUGGAGUUGCUGGCACUGACAGUAAGUUAAUUAAGGAUGAAAAUUCAAGCAAUCAAUUGAUUGAAUGUGGAAAUGAACUUUCUGAAGAUGAACGGGAGGAACUUGAGUCUAAAAUUGACUGUGCCUUAGAUCAGUGCUUUUUCUGUUUAUAUGGAUUACAUCUAAGAUCUGAUUCAUCGUAUGAGGAUGAUUUAGUGAUGCACAAAAACACAAGCCGAGGAGAUUAUCAAACCAAAGAACAAUGUGCUGAUGUUUUCAAGUACGUUCUUCCCUAUGCAAAGGCAUCUUCUAGGACAGGACUGGUCAAACUUCGUAGAGUUUUAAGAGCUAUCAGGAAGCACUUUCUUCAGCCACCAGAGGCCCUCUUGGAAGGAAACCCUAUAGAUAAGUUCCUAGAUGAUCCUAAUCUAUGCGAAGAAAAGCUCUCAGAGGAGGCCGGGUCUGAUGGAUUUCUUGAAUCUAUUACUAAGAGAAUGUUUCCUGAUGUGGGUGGCCUUGUUCAGUAUAAUGCAACAUUGUUGAGGAGGUCUGAGCCAUAUUUGGAUGUCUACUGUAACUUGUAUUAUUUCUUGGCUCUGUCUGAGGAAAUGAGUGCAACAGAUAAGUGGCCUGGAUUUGUGCUGACCAAGGAAGGGGAAGAAUUUGUUCAACAAAAUGCAAAGCUCUUCAAAUAUGAUCUCAUCUUCAAUCCUCUGCACUUUGAAAGCUGGCAGCGACUUGGAAAUAUUUAUGAUGAGGAAGUAGAUUUGCUGUUAAAUGACGGUAGCAAGCACGUUAAUGUAGUAGGGUGGAGGAAGAAUGCUACUUUAUCUGCGAGAGUGGAAACAAGCCGAAGGAGGAGUAGACGGUGCCUCUUAAUGAGUUUAGCUUUGGCAAAGACAUCUGCCCAACAGUGUGAGAUACAUGAGUUAUUGGCAUUGGUAUACUAUGACAGUCUUCAAAAUGUAGUCCCAUUUUAUGAUCAGAGAUCUGUUUUGCCCUUAAAGGAUACAGCAUGGAUGAUGUUUUGUGAGAACUCAAUGAAACAUUUUAAGAAAGCCUUCACACUUAAGCAAGAUUGGUUGCAUGCCUUUUACUUGGGUAAACUCAGUGAAAAACUUGGAUAUUCACAUGAAAUUGCAAUAUCAUAUUACAAUAAAGCUAUUGCUUUGAACACAUCAGCUGUUGAUCCUGUCUAUAGGAUGCAUGCCUCACGCUUGAAAUUAUUAUUUAAGCAUGGAAAGCAGAAUUUGGAAAUUUUGAAGGUUCUCUCGGCAAACUCUUUUAAUCAAUCUGUCAAAGAAGGUGCAGCAAGUAUCCUAACUAGUGUGGAUAGUUCAUUUAUUAAUACAAAGGAGAGAUGCAUUAAUGCCAAUUUUAUGGAAACAAACCAUGAUAAGUUGCCCAAAUUGGAUACUGUAUGGUCUAUGCUUUACAACGAUUGCCUUUCUGCUCUUGAAACGUGUGUGGAGGGGGAUCUCAAACAUUUCCAUAAGGCCAGAUACAUGCUGGCUCAAGGGCUGUACAAAAGAGGUGAGAGUGGUGAUAUAGAGAGGGCAAAAGAUCAUCUAUCUUUCUGCUUCAAAUCUUCACGCUCAUCAUUUACGAUAAAUAUGUGGGAAAUUGACAGCAUGGUAAAAAAAGGAAGGCGCAAGACACCAGGUUCUGCUGGGAACAAAAAAGCCCUUGAGGUUAACUUACCAGAGAGUUCUCGAAAAUUUAUUACUUGCAUUCGAAAGUAUUUGCUGUUUUAUCUCAAACUAUUGGAGGAAACUGGAGAUAAAUGUAUUCUUGAGCGUUCGUAUGCUGCUCUUCGAGCAGAUAAGCGGUUUUCAUUGUGCAUUGAAGAUCUUAUACCAGUGGCUAUCGGAAGGUAUCUUAAGGCUCUGAUUUCAACUAUCUGCCAUUCUCAGGCUACUGCCUCUGGUUCAGUGAGCAGUUCUGACAAUGUGCUGGAGAGAAUGUUUGCAUUGUUCAUGGAACAAGGGAGCUUAUGGCCAGAAAUAUGCAGCUUGACUGAAAUUGAAGGCUCAGAUAUGUCAGAUAGUAUCAUAUAUGGAUAUCUUCAUGACUAUAUUGUAUUAUUGGAGAAAAAUGGAAAACUGGAAACUCUUGAAGCAAUAAAUGAGAAGAUUCGGAAGCGUUCUAAGAAUCCAAAGUUUUCAGACAGUAAUUCUGCAGAAGUUGGCAGGCAUGCUUCUGUGGCUUGGUGCCGAUCUCUUGUAUAUAAUUUGGCACAAAUAACUCCAUUGUCAUGUGGGUUCUCAAACGGGAUUCAGGUCCUUAAUUUGACUGACGGUGGGAUGGAUAAUAGCCACAUGCUCUGCAUUGAUUUGCAGCCAAAUGAAUUAUGGAGUACAGCUUUUGAAGAUCCAACUCAUUUGGAAAAGAUUGAAACAAGAUGGAGCUCCAUUUUAGCAAAAAUAAAAAAUAUUAUUAUCAACAAAGCUUCUGAUGAGAAUUUGGAAACUGCAAACACUUUGCUCAGAGCAUGCUAUAAUUUUUAUCGGGAGAGUUCUUCGAUAGUGCUUACCUCCGGACUCAACUUUUAUUUGAUUGCAUCUCAAUUAGUAACACAGAUAUCAUUCAACCCAAAUACAGCUGGGAUUGAAGCACUUGAUCUGAGCAUACCAAGGAAGCUUCUAUUGUGGGCCUAUGUGCUAUCACAUGGUCGCUGUGCAAAUAUCUCAGUAGUUGUAAAGCAUUGUGAAGAAAUUUCGAAGUCAAAGAUGAAAAGAGGAAGUGGAACGUCACCUGCGUUGUCAAGCACGUCUCCUGCCCCUAGUCUUCCAGGUAGCGGUAAAAGCGGACCAAAUUCUGCCGGAGGCAUUGACGUUGAUUCUCCCCAUGUCACCACAGUGCUUAGCGGCAAUACCACUAAUUUUGUGAAUUCACUUUCCUCCGAUGACAUUCAGAAGAAUAUAUUUUCUUCUCCCCACUUGCAUCAAUGCACCACCAACGAUGCAGAAAGAAGCAAUUUGAUAGCACAUGAAGGAGAUGCAGAGGGAGAUUGA